AUGGAAGUUGAAAAAGAAGGAGGACAAGUACGAAAGUUGCAAGAUGCACUGAUAGAUUUGAGUAAAAAAGAAGAAGUAGUAGAAAAAUGUAAGGCAGAAGAAGAACUUCUUGAUAGUAUUGAAAGAGAAAAGAAAUUAUCCACAGCUCUAUCCAAUCUUGGGAAUGCAUCAGAAUAUAUUGCAAUACAAAGACAAAAACUGUUAUAUAAUGGUUAUUCAAAAUUACUUCAACCUUCUCCACUUGUUCUCUACCACCCUGUGUUUACAAGUUUUGUGAAUGACUGUGAAACAAUUGAUUUAGAAUUUAAUUCUCAUAUUAUGAUGACACAAUUUAUUGAAGGAAUGACUGAUACUUACAAUAUUGAAGUUGAUUGA